GAGCAGUAUUUCUCAUCAAUCAGUAAAAGUUUUGUCAGUCUUUUUGUUUUGUUGACAACCGCUAACUUUCCAGACGUAAUGAUGCCUUCAUAUCAUAUGAACCGGAUUUCCAGCGUAUUCUUCAUCGCAUUCCUAAUAAUCCAUUUGUAUUUCUUGAUGAAUAUUAUGUUGGCCGUCGUGUACGAGGCGUUCACUCGUAUAGAAAAGGAUAAGUUUCGUAAACUAUUGCUUCACAGACGCAAAGCCUGUCGUCUGGCGUUUGCGCUGUUAGUGACUCAAAAGACACCGACGAAGAUAUCAUUUAAACACUUUGAAGGACUGAUGCAAUACUAUAAGCCCGGCGCCACUCGACUGGAGACUUAUCUCAUGUUCAAGACAUUGGACACCAAUCGGUCCGGUUAUCUGACACUCAAUGAGUUUUACGAUAUAUACGAAGUGUGCGAAUUCAAGUGGGAGUCCAAGAAUACCACCGAAUGGUUCGCAGAUAUUGACAAUAAAUGGCUGAAAACAUUUUGUCGACUCGUCUACCGAUUGGUGGCCCAUAAAUGGUUUGAUAUCUCCGUUUACGCGAUGAUCGCCAUCUCAGCGGUCUAUCAACUCAUUGAAGCCAUUGUCCGCAGCUCUUCCAUCGACUCAUACCAUCUAAAGCUGGAACUAAUAUACGCGACGCCACUGUCACUGAUAUUUGUCUCGCUGUACGGUUUGGAGGCGUGUCUUAAACUAAUUGGUUUUGGUUUAAUACAGUAUUUCCGUCGGGGUUGGAAUCGAUUCGACUUUGCGAUCACAUGUCUG